AUAAUAAAUCUUAUGUUUUCAAAAUGACUUGAGGUUAUCAAACUAGUCGAGGGAGUCAAUUUGGGAUGGCCAACAAUGGACAAGCAUAUUUUCAAGCCGAUUUGGCCCGAACUAAAAUUGAUGCAGGCUACUAAUUUACAAGUCCAGCCAGCCCGUGCCCCACGAGCUAGCUCAUGGGCCAUUAAUUUUUAAAACUUCACUUGAAAAUAUAUUUUUUUUAAGUUUAAGGUAAAAAAGCAUUUUUUUCUACGAAAUAUUUAAAAAUAGGUAUGAGGAUGUAUAGGACGCUACACAUUAAUCCUAGCAAGCAAUGGUAACUUGGGUUAUGGACAAGCCACAUAUCUUUGCAAAACAGGCUCCUAGUCCAUUCCAAGUAAGCAAGUGCUCCCUUCAAGCCAAGGAGAAGGAGGGAAUCAAAUCUAGUUAUUGUUCUCCCAAGACACUUCUCUUUCUUCAAACUAAAUACUCCUAGAUUCCCUCUCCAUGUCUCUUUAUACAUAACUAUCAGCUUGAAUGUAACCUUUAAUUGUUUCCAUGCAUUUACAUUUCCAGAGAAGAAAAAAUUCCCAUUUUUAUCAGCCAUCUCCAUUAGUCUUUUACAUUUUGUGAAAAUUGGAAUAUUAUUUGUUAUGAUACUGAUCAUAGCAUAGGAUGCAGGGGAGAAGUAUAUAUAAAAUGCAACACAACAAAAUGCCUCAGCUGCUACAUGGGAAGCUUAAGGUAACCAUAUUUGAAGUUGAUAGGCUGCAAGCUGGAUGUAAUUUGGAAUUCUUGCGGAAGGGCACAACACAAAAGGGGAAGAGACUUCUAGCCCAAGUUAAGGGUUGUCUGCUGUGCCGACCUGAGAUUGUUGGUACAAGACUAUAUGCAACAGUGGAUUUAGACAAAGCAAGGGUUAGAAGGACCAGAAUGAUAGGAAACCAACCCUCCAACCCCAAGUGGAAGGAGAGCUUUGAAAUAUAUUGUGCUCAUCAUAUCUCAAACAUUAUAUUCACUGUAAAAGAUGAUAAUCCAAUUGGAGCAACUCUAAUUGGAAGAGCUUACAUCCCUGUUGAGCAAGUCAUCAAGACCCCUAUAAUUAACAGAUGGGUUGAGAUACUAGAUGAAGAAGAUCAUCGCCCUGUCCCUGGUGGCUCCAAAAUUCGUGUCAGUGUGCAAUUCUCUAGUGUCACCGAGGACAAUGCAUGUCUAUGGUCCCAAGGAAUACAUGUGCCAUUUUCAGGUGUUCCUCGUACAUUUUUCAACCAAAGACAAGGUUGCAGUCUCACUUUGUACCAAGAUGCCCAUGUCCCUGAUGGUUCCACCCCAUGGAUUCCUAUAUCAGGAACAAAAUAUUACGUGCCUGCAAGAUGUUGGGAGGACAUUUACAGUGCAAUCAUGGAUGCUAAGCACUUUAUUUACAUAGCAGGGUGGUCAGUUUACACUGAAAUAAACUUGGUUAGAGACCCAAAGAAUUUAGGUUCAGAAAGCGUCAUCACCCUUGGGGAACUUCUCAAAAUGAAAGCUGAUGGUGGUGUUAAUGUUCUCAUGCUUGUUUGGGAUGACAGAACCUCUGUUCCAGAUUUCAAGAAAGAUGGCUUGAUGGCAACCCAUGAUCAGGAAACUGCACAGUACUUUAGGAACACAAAGGUUCAUUGUGUGUUGUGCCCACGUAACCCAGAUAAUGGAAGAAGCAUUGUUCAAGGUCUUCAAAUCUCAACAAUGUUCACUCAUCACCAAAAGACUAUAGUUCUUGACAGUCAAGUUACAGGAUUAGAGAAGCGAAGUGUGACAAGUUUUAUAGGUGGACUUGAUCUUUGUGAUGGGAGAUAUGAUACCCGUGAACAUCCUUUGUUCUCAACUCUGAACACAGUCCAUCAUGCUGAUUUCCAUCAACCAAAUUUCCCAGGAGCUUCCAUUAAGAAAGGUGGUCCAAGAGAGCCAUGGCAUGACAUUCAUUGCAAGCUGGAAGGGCCUAUUGCAUGGGAUGUGUUGUUCAAUUUUGAGCAAAGGUGGGAAAAGCAAGUGGGGAAGCAAUUCUUGAUGUCAAUUGAUGAGCUUGAUCGAUUUCUGGUGCAUCCAUCUGAUGCAAUGGUAUCAGAAGAGGAUAAGGACACAUGGAGUGUUCAGUUGUUCAGAUCCAUUGAUGGGGGUGCUGUUUCUAGCUUCCCCCAAGCCCCAGAUGAAGUUGCUGAAUUCGGCCUCAUUAGUGGCAAGGAUAAUGUCAUUGACAGAAGCAUUCAGGAUGCAUACAUAAAUGCUAUUCGACGAGCAAAGAAAUUCAUCUACAUUGAAAAUCAAUAUUUCCUAGGGAGUUCAUAUGGUUGGAAAAGUUCUGAUAUCAAAGUUGAGGAUAUCAAUGCUUUGCAUCUGAUACCAAAGGAGUUGUCAUUGAAGAUUGUGAGCAAGAUUGAAGCAGGGGAAAGGUUUGUUGUGUAUGUAGUGAUCCCAAUGUGGCCAGAAGGUAUGCCUGAAAGUGCUUCAGUUCAGGCAAUACUAGAUUGGCAAAGGAGGACCAUGGAGAUGAUGUAUUCUGACAUUGCUGAUGCCAUCAAGAAGAAGAAUAUUGAAGCACACCCCAGAGAUUAUUUGACAUUCUUUUGCCUUGGCAAGAGGGAGAGUAAGAUAGAAGGAGAAUACACUCCUCCAGAGGAACCAGAGCCUGACAGUGACUACCGAAGAGCACAAAAUGCUAGGAGGUUCAUGAUCUAUGUUCAUUCCAAGAUGAUGAUAGUGGAUGAUGAAUACAUCAUCAUCGGUUCCGCCAACAUCAACCAAAGAUCAAUGGAUGGUGGAAGAGAUACAGAGAUAGCAAUGGGAGCAUUCCAACCGCAUCAUCUAGCAUCAAACGGUCCACAAAGGCCACAAGGCCAGAUUUACGGGUUUCGGCGAGCAUUGUGGUACGAGCAUAUUGGGUAUGCUCACGAUGUGUUCGACGAGCCUGAGAGUGAGGAAUGUGUGAAACUAGUGAAUCGCAUUGCUGAGACGAAUUGGGAAUUAUACACGAAGGACACGGUUGAUGAAAGUGUAGCAUCGGUUCACAUUUUACGAUAUCCUGUAGAAAUUGCUGAAGAUGGAACCAUAACGACACCGCCAGGACAUGAAUUUUUUCCUGACACCAAGGCUCGUAUUCUUGGUGCAAAAUCUGAUUACCUUCCUCCAAUUCUUACAACUUAACUAACACAUUGUGAAUAUAAACUCGAAAUUAUGUGAUGGCCAAAAAUAAAAAUAAAAAUAAACUUGAAA